AUGUUAAAAAAUAUUUUUUUAAUUUUACUAAUAUAUGCGUGUAUUAAUUCUAAAAGUUCAGAACAAGCAAGUAGAAAUGUAAGAAAUGGAAACCAAUAUGUGAAAACACAAAGCCCAACAUAUACUCCCCAAAAAAAAACCAAAGUUAUUUUUUAUAUGCCUGGACAAGAUCAGGAAGAAGAUGAAGUCGAUAAUGAACUAAAUGGAAGUAAAAAAAAGGGGAAAUCGGGUAUGGGUGCCAAUAAAGGAACCCAUGGGACCCCAGACUCUGCAGGGGAGAAUUCAUCAACAGGAUUCAAUAAAGGGUCCGGGGGUGGAUUGGGUUCAGAUAACUCUAAUGGAACAAAUCGAAAUGGAAUUCAUAUUAACAUGUCUUCUAAUGAUGCUAAUGCAAAUAAUGGACAGAAUGGAAAUUCUGGUACGAACACAAAUCAAGAAGAAAAAUUAAGAAAUGAAUAUGAUCAAAUUAGAAAACAAGAAGAAGAAGAGGAAGAAAAGAUAAACAAUCAAAGAAGGGCUGAUGCGAAGAGAGCCAAAAGGGGACAAAACAAAAUUGGAGAUCAGGAUGAUGGAUAUACAUCUCCAUCUCACACAAAGUAUGAACUUUCGGAAAAUAAACGUAAUCCACCAAAACUAACUACAAAAAAUGGAAUCAACGGGGUUUAUGAUGAGCUCGGAAAUGGGCCAUAUAAUUUAAUUGGUAAGGAACCCCAUGGGGAAAAUCCUAACGCAAAUCCUUAUGGACAUGAUGCCAACGGGAAUGGGUAUGGGAAAUAUGGCGAAACUAAUGGGGAAAAUUUGGGACCUUAUGGUGGAUCUGACGGGAAUUGGUAUGGUCAAUAUGGCGGAGCUGGGGGGAAAAGUUUUGGAAGUGGUGAAGGAGAAAACCCAAUGUAUAAAUCAGAAGCACAUAUAAACCUUCAAGAUCAUAGAGGAGAUAAGUAUGGAAACAAAUACAUAGGAGACUUUCCAUAUAUUGAUGGAAACAAUAUCGGAAAUGGUACUACAAAUGGAUCUAAUGGCUAUUGGAAUGGACCGGGUAAUUAUUCUGUACAGAAUGGUGAAAAUGGAGGAGACUCAGGAAUGCAAGGAGGACACAGGAAAGGCAAUGGGAUUGGAGUAGAUGGAGGAAACGGCAGAUUUUAUGGAAAUAAAGAGAUUGAUCAGACAACGUAUGAUAUAGAUAGUGGAAAUAAUGGAAAAGGAAAAAAAGGAACAGGACUAGGUGGAGAAGAAUCAAAUAAAAGUAAUAAUUCAUAUCAAAAAGGGGACUAUGAAACACAUGGAACGGAUGGAACAGAUGGAACGGAUGGAACGGAUGGAACACAUGGAACGCAUGGAACGAAUGGAACGCAUGGAACGAAUGGAACGCAUGGAACGAAUGGAACGCAUAGAACACCUUAUUAUGUUAAACACCCUGAUAGCAAUGAAGGAAAUGGAUCCUCAACUUAUUCUUUAGAUAGUGGAAAAAAUGGUAGUGGACAAAGAAAAAAUUGGGGAAAUGACUCAAAUGGAAUGAAUGGAGAGAACUAUACUGGAAAUGCAAAUGGAACAGGCGCAUAUUCUAUGGAUAAUAAUGGAAAAAACAAUAUGUCACACAUGGAUUACAUUCGUGGAUUAAGACCUGUCAACAAAGAGGAAGGGGGUUAUAAUGGAUAUGGUAAUAAUAAUCCAUUAAUUUACAACGUGCAACACGGAGGGAAGGAUCCUAAUGAUAAAAAAUCGAGCAGCAAUAGUUCAGAUGAUAAUGAUGAUAUAGAAGAUAGAAUAAGAAAUAAAAGACGGGUAUAUAGAAAACCAGGUGAGAGACGUAGAACUUCUGAGCAUAAUAAAGAUACUGAUUAUAAUUCUAGCGAUUCUGAAUAUGAAAUAAAUGUAGAUAGUCCUAAAAGAUGGUCAUCGAAGAAUAAAGAAAUUUUGUCAUCAGAUGAAAGAGAUAGUGAUAAUUGGGACAGAAGAAAAGGUAAUGAUAAUGAUGUUCCUAGGUUGACGGGGAAAAAAAUGGGAAACCAUGGAGCAUACAACUCAGGAUAUAAUAGUGAUAAUAGCAGUGGAUCGAUACAUACUAUUGUUCAUGAUAAUACAUAUGCUAAGAAUCGGGCUAAGGAAAUUGAGGACAAAUUGAAUAAAGGAGAAUAUUCUAGAAAUAAUAUGGGAAAGGGGAAAACAGGAAGUAAUAAAUCUUCAGGAAAUGAUUCUGAUUCUAGUGAAUCAGAUGCAGAUUCAUUAAAUGUGUUUUAUGUAGAUAAUGGACAAGAUAUGCUAAUUAAAGAAAAAAUGUCAAAUUUGGAAGGAUCUGAUGACAUUACAGAAGAAGGUCUAAAUGUAAAACACAAAGGACAGAAAGGUCCCGUAUAUUAUCAUUUUUCAAAUUAUAUGAAUUUAGACAAAAGAAAUACCUUAAGCUCAAAUGAAAUAGAGUUACAAAAAAUGAUAGGACCCAAAUUUUCAGAAGAAGUUGAUAAAUACUGUCGUCUAAAUGAACCCUUACAAAAAAAAGGUGAUUAUCUGAAUUUGUCCUUUGAAUAUUCUAGAGCUUUAGAAGAAUUAAGAAGUGAAAUGAUUUCUCAAUUACAAAAAAGAAAAAUAGUAGAAUCUAACAAUUUUAAUAACUUGUUAAAUACAAUUUACACUUCUUUAAAUAGAAAAAAUACAAACUUUAGCAAAGAUUCAUAUGAAGACAAAAAUUUCAUUAAAGAUGCCAAUUCAUUCAGAAAUGCUGAGGCACAACCCUUAAGUAUGAAAUAUAAUAAAAUUUUGAGACAAUAUCUUUGUCAUGUAUUUAUUAACAAUCCAGGGGUAAACCAGUUAGAAAGAUUAUACUUUCAUAAUUUAGCUUUGGGAGAAUUAAUAGAACCAAUAAGGAAAAAAUAUAACAAACUUGCAUCUUCUUCUAUAGGGUUAAAUUAUGAAAUAUAUAUAGCGUCUUCUUCUAACAUAUAUUUAAUGGGUCAUUUGCUAAUGCUAUCAUUAGCUUAUCUUUCCUACAAUCAUUAUUUUGUCAGAGGAUUGAAACCUUUUUAUUCAUUAGAAACAAUGCUCAUGGCUAACUCGGAUUAUACUUUCUUUAUGUAUAACGAAAUUUGUAAUGUUUAUUACAAACCGAAAGGAAUUUUUAACAAAGAUAUAACUUUUAUCCCGAUCGAAUCCAGACCAGGGAGAUAUAGUACAUAUGUUGGAGAAAGGAAAAUAUCGUGUGAUUUGUUAGAAUUGAUUUUAAAUGCAUAUACGUUAAUAAAUGUACACGAAAUUCAAAAAGUGUUCAAUAAUAGUUCGGCAUAUGGAUUUGAAAAUUCUGUUUCUUUUGCACAUAAUGCAGUAAGGAUAUUUUCACAAGUGUGUCCAAGGGAUGAUGCCAAAAAUGCAUUAAAUUGUGAUUUUGAAAAAUCAUCUUUGUAUAAUCCUAAAAUAUUGAAAACGGAUUUUGGAGAUAAACAAAAUCAGAAAAGCUUAAAAAGAGCUUUUGAUAUGUUACGGACUUUUGCUGAAAUAGAAAAUACUUCGAAUCAUGGAGAACCAAAUCCAAGUUACAUAAGUCUUAUUUUUGAACAGAAUUUGUACUCAGAUUUUUACAAAUAUCUAUUUUGGUAUGAUAAUAGGGAAUUAAUAAAUAUUCAAGGAGUAACAAAGGGACGAAGUAAAAAACGUAGAACCAAAUAUGUGUAUGAUGAAUUUAUAAAGAGAGGUAAAUAUUUAAAAGAUAAAUUAAUCAAAAUUGAUGCUAAGUACAAUGCCAGAAGUAAAGCCUUAUUAGUAUUUUAUUCUUUGGUUGAUAGAUAUGCCAAGAUUUUUAGGAAAAAUGAAAAUAUUAGAAAAGCAUUUCUAAACGAUGUAUCUUCUGUGCGUCAUCACUUGUAUUUAAAUAGUGUUCUGUCAAAAACACCCAAAUCUAAUUUAGAUUCAAUGAAAAAAACAUUGGAAGAAUUACAAAAGUUAACUAAUUCUCCAUUAAAAAUUAUUGUACGAGGAAAUAGUUUAGAGAGUUUAAAUAAUAUAGCUAAAAAUGAAAAUUUAUUUUAUGUUAAUUUAUUCAUAAUGUCAUCUUUUUCGAAAAAAGAUCCAGUUAAAAGUUAUUACAAUGAAAAGAAGAAAAUGAUGAAAGCUACUCUGUCUGAGAAACUUGCAACCUCAACAUCUGCUUUAAUACCUCAUAAACUUAGAAAACUUGUAGUAACCCUGAAAAAGGGAAUAUUAAAAAAAAAGUUACUGAUUUCGCUAGCCAAAAUGAAACUUUUGCAGCAUAUUCCUACACAUUUAUUAGAAAAUAUAUUGACCACCAUUCGCUUCACAACACAUUCAAUUGCAUCGACACAGAUUAUUCAAAACGCAAAAUAUAUGCCAAAAAAUUUAACCUUUUAUCAACAUCGUAACGCUGAGCUUGCAAGACAAGUAUUUAAUGAAGGCGGUUUUCCUAAAUAUGCUGAUAAUUUAAUGUCUACCUGGUUUUCCAAAGGUUUCGAAGAAUACAAAAAAGAAAAAAUUGAAAAUCAAAAAAUGGAAAACUCAAUUGAGAAAGAAUUAAAUGAGAUAAACAAUAGUAAAGAAAAUUUGGAUGAACAAGAAACAGAAAGCGAGAAAUUAAUGAAAGAGCAAAAUGAAUUAAAUGAAGAAAAAGAAAGUGAAAAACAAGAAAAUAAAUUGAUUUUUAAUCAAAAUGAUAAAUGGGAUCAUUAUAUAAACAAAGAAUUUGCAAAAGCCUUAGGAAUAUGGCUAGAUCUUUCUGAUACCCCAUAUAAUAGAGAUAGUUUUGUGUACAAAGUAGUCGAAGAUAGUAAAUAUUUACUAGAAAGUAAUAUCGAAGAUAGUAUCAUGUUUUCAAGAACAGUUAAACCAACUAAACAAACUGUUUUUCGAAAAAUUUUCAAAAAAAUUGUUUCUCUUGGAAAUAUGCUUUUAAGAAAACCGAGCUUUAAAGUAGAACAUGCCAUCUGGUUUGGAGCAACUAUUAAUAUGAAAAAAGCAAUGAUACUACUAGAAAAAGUUGCAGAAUUACAUAAACUUUUACGUAAUGAAGAUGAAUCAUGGUUAAUUAAUGAAGCCUUUAUCGAGAUUGUUGAUCAUGUUGUUCAAAUUGGCUCAGAAAAGCGCUUAAGAGAACCAUUUAGUGUGGCUAGAAAUCCUGGAAUGAUAGCUAUAAAUCCAGCAUAUGCCCAAUUAAAUCAUGAAGAUAGAAUGAAAGAACUACAAAAUUCUAUGUGUGCUGAUCACUGUUCUGCUUUAUGGAAAACAAUUUCAACUUUUGCAUUACAACAUUUGAAAAAUCCUGAGAGUUUACAUGAAUAUGAAUCCAAAUUUUCUAAAAAUGCAUUUGGCAACAAAAUUGAUGAUCAAAAUUUUGUAAACAAUUUUAAAAUGAUACUUGGAGGUGAUGCUGUAUUACAUUAUUUCGAUGUCUUACUACCAAAAUCUAUGAAAAAAGAAUUAAAGGCUAUGAAAAAUGGAGUAUCUUUAUCAUCUGCAUUUUCCCUUAAAUUAACAAAAAUAAUUUUUAAUGAGAUGCAGUUACCAUAUUUAAGUCAAAUGUUUUACAUGCAAGCUCCAUAUUUUGGACAUUUCAUUGGAAAAUGGCAAAAGGAAAGAGAAAAAAGUAGAAUGAAAGAAAUAUUAGGAUUUAUGACGUUAGGAACAUUAUCUGCAUAUACUUUACUCAGUGCAAUGGACAUCAGCCAACAUGCCACCGAUAUUGGAAUGGGACCUGCUACUAGUUGUUACACUUCAACUAUCCCACCACCUAAGCAAGUCUGUAUACAACAAGCUGUUAAGGCAACUUUAACUAAUUCAACACAAUCUUGUAUGAAAAGUGUUUUUUCUGUUGGACUCUUUGCAUCUAUCGGCCCCUACUUAUUUGCACCUAUGGCUGGGUUAGCCAUAUGGAAUGUUUUAAAAUCUGAAUUCAAAGUUAUACAAAGGGUUGAUAUGGCACUCAAAGGUGUUUUUAAGAAUAUGUGGAAAAAAUUCUUAUCACUUAAGGGAAUUCGAAGAUUGAAAAAUAUUUUUAAGAGAAGGAAGGCCAUGAAAAAGAAAAUCAUUGAAAAAGCCGAACAUAAAAUGUUGGAAAUGAAAAAUAAUCCCGAAAUGGCUAAGAAUCAUAAGUUAGCCGUCCAAAAUAUGCACAAACAUAAGUCCGGAAGUUAUCACUAUAUUUCGUAUGCUCGAAUACAAUUUUAG